CACCCGCAGCUUUGGUAUAUUAACCAGCAUUUUAUUGCUGCAGCAUUGUGUAGUGCAGCGUUGUGUAGGGCAGUGUUGUGUAGGGCAGUGUUGUGUAGUGCAGUGUUGUGUAGGGCAGUGUUGUGUAGUGCAGUGUUGUGUAGGGCAGUGUUGUGUCGUGCAGCGGAAUACAAUGUAGUGCAGUAAAGUACUGUGAUCUCCAGUGCACUGUAGUGUAGUGUAGUGUAGUGUAGUGUAGUGUAGAAGCACAACAAUUAAAAGUUGGCACAUUUGUUAAACUCCCACCUUAAAGACGGAGAAGCGGCGAGUUCGGCUGGAGACCGUUGUUGCACAGUGAGAGUUGGGUUGAAUAUUUUCCGUGACCCUGAUAUGGGAGACGCCGUAACACCUCUGCUUCCACGGCCGGAUUUCGACGCAGAGUACGAGCAGCAUGAGAAGGAGCCGAUCUCGCUGUCUCAGCAGGCGCGAUACUGCCUGCAGAGGAAGCUAUGCUGCACCAGGGGGCGCCUGCAGCAGUUCCUCUUUGGGUUCUUUCCGUUCAUCACUGUGCUGCGUACGUAUGACGUGCGGCAGUACCUACUUGGCGACAUCAUCGCUGGCAUGGUGGUUGGCGUUAUGAACAUACCACAGGGCAUGGGCUAUGCAAUGUUGGCAAACAUGCCUCCAGUCUGUGGUCUGUACGUUUCGUUUUUCGCACCACUCACCUACUUCAUUUUCGGCACGUCGCGACACAUAUCAGUGGGCACGUUUGCUGUGGUCAGCUUAAUGGUAGCUGAUGCAGUUCACCGGUUCGCACCCUCUAGUGACUUUGGAGAGGGAAGUUAUGACCCCUAUAAUUCCACCAAUAUCAGCACCAUAGCAUCCAUAGAUAGUGGUGAAGUGAGAGCGCCGGGCGAGUACACGAACAUAGAGGUCGCCACCGCCGUGACGCUCAUGACGGGGCUCUUCCAGAUAGCGAUGUACGUCGUUAACCUGGGCAGUCUGACGACGUACCUGUCCGACCAGCUGGUGAGCGCGUUCACGACGGGCGCGGCGAUGCACGUCUUCACCUCGCAGCUGAAGCACAUCCUCGGGGUCCGCACGACGAGCCACAGCGGCGCCUUCCAGAUCGUCUACAUCUACAUCGAGCUGCUGCGUAACGUCACCGACGCCAACAUGGUCGCCCUGCUCACCUCUGUCGCCUGCAUCCUCACCCUCGUCAUCGCGAAGGAGGUCAUCGACCCGCGGCUCCGCCCCAUCAUCAAGAUGCCCAUCCCCGUGGAGCUCGUCGUCGUCGCCGCGGGAACGGGACUCGCGCACUACCUCCGCCUCGCCGACGGGUACGAUUUAAGCAUCGUCGGGUCGGUGGCGUCGGGGAUUCCGUCGCCGUCAGCGCCACCUGUUGGGCUGCUGAGCCGCGUUGUCGGCGACGCGUUCCCAAUCGCCGUCGUCGCCUUCACGAUCACCGUCUCGAUGGCGAAGAUCUUCGCGCGCAAGCACGGGUACGAGGUCGACGCGAACCAGGAGCUGUUCGCGGGCGGCGCGGCGAACGUCGUCACGUCGUGCUUCGGCGGUUUCGCGUCGUCGGCGUCGCUGUCACGCAGCGCCGUGCAGGAGAACGUCGGCGGGCGCACGCAGGUCGCCGGGGUCGUGGCGUGCGCGCUCCUCCUGCUCGUGCUGCUCGUCGUCGGCCCGUUCUUCGGCACGCUUCCGAACGCCGUUCUCGCGUCGAUCAUCAUCGUCGCGCUCAAGGGCAUGUUCCGGCAGUACCGCGAGGUGCCGCGACUGUGGCGGCUCUCGAAACCCGACUUCCUCAUCUGGCUCGUCACCUGGGCGGCGACGGUCUUCAUCGACGUCAAGUACGGUCUCGUGAUCGGCGUCGGCUUCUCGUUACUGACGAUCGUCUGGCAGACGCAGCGGCCCUUCAUCGCGAUCAUGGGCUGGCUGCCCGGCUCCAACGUCUACAAGGCGAUCAACGUCUACCAGCCCGUCGUCGAGGUGCCCGGCGUACGCAUCUUCCGCUUCGAGGCGUCGCUGUACUUCGCGAACGCCGACUCGUUCCUGGAGCGGCUCUUCAAGCUGACGGGGAUCGGACGCCGCGGGAAGCAGCCGCCCGCGGCCGCCGCCGCCGCCGACAUGGUGUCCGUGGACGAGCUGGGAAGCAUGACGAUCUUCCCGGACGCCGCGGCGGCGGAUCCGACGCGUUUCGUCGUCGUCGACUGCUCGAUGUUUGGCUACAUCGAUCUCUCGGGCGUCGCCGCGCUCAAGGAGGCGGUGCGUCGCUUCGACGAGGCCGGCGUCGAGGUGCUGCUGUCCGGCUGCAGGUUCCGCGUGCGGCAGACGCUUCACCGCACCCGAUUCUUCGACGACGUGCCGCAGAAGCGGCUGCACCUGACGAUACACGACGCGAUACUGUACGCAUCGAGUCGGCUGCCUGGCGGCGGCGUCGGCCUCGAUGAGAUGUUCCCCUGCGACGACCUGUGCAUCAACAACAAUCCCGUGUAGCGCGCGUGAGAGAGGGCGCCGUCAGCGUCUCGCGAAACCGUAUAUGUUGCCGUUAUCGGAGAGAGGCUUUCAACCACCGUGACAGGUCCUAUGUGCUGCAGUGGCUAGGUCAAGUGUAGUGUAGUGACCCGAGAAGAAGAAGAUUAUCAGUAACUCGCACGCGCCUCACGAUUUUGGUGGCAACAGCAAUAAGCAAUAUGUCACGCAGUCGCAUGCGCAGACGAUAUCUGUCUGACUGUGCCUAGUUUACCGAAGAAGGAUGUUACUGUGUGGUAACUUAACGGAGAACGUGACGGCAGACUGGAUGAAAUUGUUAAGUAGAUGGCAGUGAGUGUACAUGGUAGUAUAUAUAUUUAGUUACACGAAAUUAAGCAUAUCAUAGUCGUGCCAAGUCAUACCACGAGUAGAUAUUUAUUUUGUGAAUCUCCUUGCCAGCCAUUUCGCUCACUAGAUGGCAGCAGUUUUUCAUACCAAAAAAUCUUUUAUUUAUGAGCAAUUAUUCGCGCGGGUACAUAAAAAGUAUAGUAUUACUGGGCUUCAUGUUUUUAAAUUAUACAUGUUAGAAUAUUUGUUUUGCAUUUAUGUAUAAUGUCUGUUCGUUUUUAAAUGUUUGCCAUAAAUGCAACUUGUGUUUACAAACCAAAUCAAAACAGAAACAUACCCGAAUGUUGUAUUCCAGAAAGUUUAGCACUGUCCAGUGGUCGGCUAAUCUGAAGACACUCCUUCAUUUCAUACCUCUAAGAGUUGUUGGAUAGAUAGAAAACCAGUAAAUCUAACUCUAUGGAUUUAGUUAGUAUGUACUGGUAAAGCUUUAUGCAAUAUUCAGUGUCUAUAGCCACUGACAUUUCAUUUGAUCUACAAUGUCUCGGACACGUUUUAAUGCACAUUUUAUUUAUAGAUAUGUGCGUAUAAAGUGUACAUUUUGUAGUAUUUAUUUAUUAUUUCAUAUUGUUUUGAUAAACUCUAUACACAAUAUUUUUUAUGACAUUUGCAUUAUCUUCUAUUUCAGUUGACCAUUUAGUAUGCACUGCUGUGCCCCUGCUGUAUAUGUGUAUGUAUUUUAUGUAUAUAUAAAACUGGGAGUAAAUAAAGCAGCUCCCCUACUUAGGAA